CUGUCAAUCCAUAAAAAAAGUACCAGUAGUUGUUUUGUUUUACUUCUUUGGUUUGCUGUGCAGUGUAGCUUGAAUGAGAUUUAUAUUUUAGCACAGUAUCAUCUUUUUCGUCAUUUUAUACUUACCGACACUUAUAAUUGACGUUAUAAAGUAAAUAUAACGUUGGAGUUAUCCCGAAUAGAAGUGUUUUAUCAAACAGAUUCAUAACCUAAAAAUACCCAAGCCUUGUUAAAAUGGGUGAAAGAUAUAAUAUCCACAGUCAACUAGAGCAUCUUCAAAGCAAAUACAUCGGUACCGGUCACGCUGACACCACGAAGUACGAAUGGUUAACAAACCAGCACAGGGAUUCCUGCUGCAGUUACAUGGGACAUCCAGAUUUGCUGAGCUACUUCGCGAUUGUAGAAAAUGAGUCUAAAGCUCGCGUGAAGUUCAACUUGAUGGAGAAAAUGCUGCAGCCGUGCGGCCCGCCGCCGGAGAAGCCUGAAGAUUAAUUCUAAGUGUGCACUAAGCUGUUCUUUUAAAUGUUCUGUUCAGUUUGGAUUGAUUUUUUAAAUUGUUUAAUAGUGAAAAUGUUAUGCUAAAUAUAAAUGACAUGAUUGUUACUUCUCAGUGCCAAUCACGAGAAAUUAGUUUUGAAUACAAUUAGUUUCAGUAUGUUCAUGAAAAGAAGAGUAUACUCCCAUGUUAACACAUUCACUGCCAGACAAAAAACGGCUCACUACCCCAGAAACCGGUGGUCUAUAGCUGCAUACAAGCAUCUGAACAAAGUUCACAAGCGCCCACUAGGUGGGUUCCCGGCAGUGAAUGUGUUAAAGGCACACUUACAAUCCGCUGGUGUUGUGGGCGACAGUAAUUGUAUACCAUCAGGCGAUUUGUCUGCUUGUUUGCCUCCUUUAUCAUAAAAAAACAAUUACAUACACAUACACACAAUUAUUAAUAAGGUAUAUUAUGCACAAUUAUUGUGUAGAAUUUUUCUGUAUAAUUGUGGACAUAUUUUGCAAUUUUUGUUGAACUGAUACCACUUAUUUAACUUAAGUGUAUAAAAGAACAGUUCUGAAAAAACAGCUUUUAAUUAAACCUAUCAUAAGUAUUCAUAAGGAUAUUUUGAAUAAAACACUGUCUAAACUUCA